GAGAGAGCGCUUGCGGCUGAGCUCAGGAGGUAAAGAGCAGAGUUAAAUACCUCAGGAUCAGGGCAGCAUGGCGCUAGGGACAGCUACAUGCUGAAAGCAACAACAAAAGGUGACCUCUGCUACCUAAUGCACAAUAAAGACAAAAAUGAGCUUCUGGAUACAGCUUGGGCUCCUCCUUUGGAAGAAUUUCACCUAUCGGAAAAGGCAAAUUGUUCAGCUGGUUAUUGAGAUUCUGUGGCCUCUUUUCCUCUUCUUUAUAUUAGUCUCAGUGCGUCAGUCCCAUCCAUCAUUUGAGCAGAAUGAAUGUCACUUUCCAAACCAUGCAUUACCAUCAGCAGGGACGCUGCCAUGGAUACAGGGAAUCAUCUGUAAUAUUAAAAAUCCUUGCUUCCAGCAUGCUACCCCAGGAGAAACGCCAGGAAAUGUGGGGAAUUUCAAUCAAUCCAUUCUUUCACGUUUGCUGUCUGAUGCUCAGAAGGUGCUACUUCAAGCUAAUCAGGACCACAUUCUACAAAGCUUCAAUCAACUUCUCAGAGCAUUGAAAAAGCUCAAUGAAGACAGCCUUCCAUUGUCUGGUCUGCCAAUCAAAGAAUAUCUGCAGAAGAAUCAGACCCUAUCUGAGUUUUUCCUGAACAAUGCAUCACUUCCCACAGAGGUGAUCGAUGAUUUAAUGGCAGCAAAAUUAAAUCUCAAUCAGAUAUCCCUUGCUGGUUCAAGGGAAAGUUUUAAAGAGAUUGCUUGCAACGUAUCUCAUCUCUCCAGUUUCUUGGCUACAAAGAAUAAGAAGGCAUUCAACCGUUUACAGAAGAAUCUAUGUGCCUUACCAGAGAGAACACUGCAAAAAGCAACAACUAUUUUCCUUUCUGAGGUCAACUUCUCCAAACUCUUGGCGGAGAGGAUUACGUUUAGUGCUGGGAAUGCACUUGAUGCAUCUAAUGCCCUUAACAGUUUUAUACACAGAGUGGGAUCUCUUGUGCAGCAGUUUUCCAAUAUGACCAGCUUUUCUGAAUUCCGGGAUGCAAUUCAGUGGUUAACUAGUCCAAACGCUACCAGAUCACCAACGAUGAUGUUUCAAACAAUAUCAAAGAUUGUUUGCGGGCAUUCGGAUGGAGGUGGCCUGCAGAUACCUUUCCUGAACUGGUAUGAAGAUGAUAACUACAAGGCUUUCUUUGGCAGGAAUAGCACAGAUGAGAAAAUCAUCACUUUUAGCAAUUUAACAUCACCUCACUGUAAUGAUCUACUUAAGACUCUUGAAUCUUACUCUUCGAUUAUGUGGAAAAGUAUCAAGCCAUUAUUUGUAGGGAAGAUACUGUACAGCCCAGAUACUCCAGCUACACUGAAGAUAAUGAAAGAGGUGAACAGAACAUUUGAGGAUCUAAGCUUGUUGCAAGAGGUACAAGGAGCAUGGAAUGAAGCUGGACCCCAGAUCUGGAAGUUUAUGGAAAGUAGUCAGGAAAUCCAACUCCUGCAAAAAAUGCUGAGGAACCCUGCUAUCGCUACCCUUAUUGAUCUACAACUUAAUUCUACCUCUUGGACUGCAAAAAGUAUUGCCAACUUUCUGUCGAGCCAAACUCAAGAGAGUGAGAAUUCCAUUUACACCUGGAAACAAGCUUAUGAAGAAUUAGAUCAAGUGGUCAAAUCUUUCUCCCAGGUCUUUGAGUGCAUAUCUCUGAAUAAACUAGAAGCUGUUCCGACUGAAGAAAAAUUAGUAGUCCGGGCAUUGCAGCUUCUGGAGGAGAGACAGUUCUGGGCUGGAGUUGUGUUUUUGGUUGAUGAGCCGACAGGUGAUGAGUUUCCCACCCUUCAGCCCCACAUCAAAUACAAGAUCAGGAUGGACAUUGAUUAUGUCGCUCCAACCCACAAAAUCAAGGAUAGGUUUUGGGACCCAGGACCUGAAGCACUCACAAUUCGGGACCUGCAGUACAUCUGGGGAGGAUUUGUUUACAUCCAGGAUUUGGUGGAACAGGCAAUUAUUCGAGUACAGACCAAUGAACACAAGAGGACUGGACUUUAUUUACAACAGAUGCCAUAUCCAUGCUACGUAGAUGAUGGCUUCUUGCGAGUUUUGAAUCGUUCGUUGCCCCUCUUCAUGAUCCUGUCUUGGAUUUACUCAGUAGCAAUGAUAGUCAAGAGGCUGGUUCAUGAGAAGGAGGCCCGACUAAAGGAAACAAUGAAGAUGAUGGGACUGUCUAAUGGAAUUUUGUGGGUCAGCUGGUUCAUCAGUAGCUUCAUCCCUUUCCUCAUCAGUGCUGCUUUUCUCACGUUAAUCCUGAAGAAAGGAGAGAUUCUCCCAUACAGCAACCCCUCUGUUAUAUUUGUAUUCCUUGCAACCUUUGCUGUUUCUACCAUCAUGCUGUGUUUCCUGAUCAGCACGUUCUUCUCUGGUGCAAACCUUGCAGCCGCUUGCGGUGGAAUCAUUUACUUCUCCCUCUACCUCCCAUUUGUCCUGUGUGUGGCAUGGAGGAACUCGGUCACUUUCCCACUUCAAAUAUUUGUGAGUCUGUUAUCUCCAGUUGCGUUUGGUUUUGGAUGUGAAUAUUUCUCUCUCUAUGAGGAGCAAGGAAUUGGUAUCCAGUGGUUUAACCUUGUCUCCAGCCCUGUAGAGGGUGAUGCAUACAAUUUUACUAUUUCUAUCAUCCUCAUGUUGUUUGAUGCUCUCCUCUAUGGCCUUGCAGCAUGGUAUAUUGAAGCAGUGUUUCCAGGUCAAUACGGAUUUCCCAAACCCUGGUAUUUUCCUGUCCUCAGGAGUUAUUGGUGUGGAGAGUUCUAUUGUAAUGAGGAUUUGUUCGAAUUCCCUGAUAACCGCAGCACCAAUAAAGUCCAUCUGGAGCAGGAACCAACUCACCUCAAGUUGGGGGUGUCCAUCCAGAACCUAGUGAAAGUUUACGGAAAUGGGAAGAAAGUGGCUGUAAAUGGACUUAGCGUUAAUUUCUAUGAGGGGCAAAUCACCUCAUUCUUGGGGCAUAAUGGAGCUGGAAAAACAACUACCAUGUCUAUCCUGACUGGAUUGUUCCCACCCACCUCUGGGACAGCAUAUAUUCUGGGCAGAAAUAUCUUCACAGAGAUGGAUACGAUCAGAAAGUCACUAGGGAUGUGUCCACAGCAUAAUGUACUUUUUGACAUAUUGACUGUGGAGGAGCACAUCUGGUUUUAUGGAAGGCUGAAGGGGCUGACUGAGGAGGAGGUAAAUGAAGAAAUGAAGUUGAUGAUCGAUGAUGUGGAUUUGGUGCACAAACGUCGAGAACAAACAAAAAAUCUCUCGGGUGGCAUGCAACGAAAGCUUUCAGUCGCUAUAGCGUUUGUUGGUGGGUCAAAGGUUGUUAUUUUAGAUGAACCAACUGCUGGUGUUGACCCUUAUUCCCGCCGAGGAAUAUGGGAGCUCUUACUUAAAUAUAGAAAAGGCCGCACCAUAAUAUUAUCAACCCAUUACAUGGAUGAGGCGGACCUCCUCGGGGAUAGAAUUGCCAUUAUCUCCCAUGGAAAGCUCUGCUGCUGUGGCUCUUCACUGUUCCUUAAAAAUCAUUUAGGAACUGGCUAUUACCUGACUUUAGUGAAAAAAGAAAAUGACAAGACAACGCCAGCCAGCUCCAGCAGCACCACCAUUGGUCUGAGGAAGUAUCAGCUUUCCAGAAUACCCCAUUCAGAGGAUGAUCUCGUGUUAAGUAUGUAUGAGUACAAGUUAGAGUUCUUGUGGUGCAGUGAAUGUGUCCCUACCUCUGAGCCUGGAUGUCCUAGGUUUAAGCCUCGUUUGCUGCAGAGCUGCGUCAUAGCAGACGUGAACAUGUUAAUUAAAAAUAUCUAUGGAAAUGUUCCCAUUAAAAGAGUCAGAUGUUCAAGGUCCAGUGAGCACACACUGCAGCCAGUUAGUGAGGAAGGGGAUUUUGAACUACCUGACACAGAACCUGAACCCAAGGAGACCGACUUUAUGCAAUGUAUGGAAGGCAGAGGUUCAUACCAAUUACGUGGCUGGCAGCUCACCCGACAACAGUUCCAUUCCUUGUUCAUCAAGCGCUUCCUGUAUGCCCGCCGAAGUCGUAGAGGACUUUUUGCUCAGAUUGUGCUACCUGCAUUGUUUGUGUUUAUUGCUCUGUUCUUCAGUAUGAUUGUGCCUCCAUUUGGGAAAUAUCCACCAUUAGAACUGAGUCCCUGGAUGUAUGGAGAACAGUACACUUUCAUCAGUGAUGACUUUCCAGAGGAUCCUACCACUCGCGAUCUGAUCAGUGCACUCCUCAGUGACCCUGGAUUUGGCACCAAGUGUAUGGAAAGUGGAACAAAUGAAAGUAUGCAGUGCCAAGAAGGUGGAACUGAUUGGAUAAUUCCCCAAGUUUCAGAAUCAGCCCUGAAGAUCUUCCGCAGUGGUAACUGGACUAUGCAAAAUCCAUCCCCUGCGUGUCAGUGCAGCUCAAAGAAGACCCAGAGGAUGUUGCCUUUAUGUGGAGAAGGAGCAGGAGGACUCCCGCCCCCUCAGUUGCAGCGAAAUACUGGGGACAUUCUUCAGAAUCUAACUGGCAGGAAUGUAUCGGACUACCUCGUGAAAACCUACCCCCAGAUCAUUAGUAAAAGUCUGAAAACUAAGAAGUGGGUGAACGAGUUCAGGUAUGGAGGAUUCUCAUUGGGAGCACGAAGUUCCCAGGUUUUACCUUCGCUGAACGAAGUUAAUAUCUCCAUUAUUGAGAUCAGGUCACGAUUGAAUGUCACAAAGGAUAGUUCUAUGGACCGACUGCUUGGAAACAUUGGAAACUUUAUCGAGGGGCUGAACACAAAUAAUAAUGUGAAAGUCUGGUUCAACAAUAAAGGCUGUCAUGCCAUGGUGAGUUUUGUGAAUGUUAUGAGCAAUGCAGUGCUGAGAGCAAAUCUUCCACCAGGAAAAGAUCCCAGAAUGUUUGGGAUUACUGCAUACAAUCACCCACUGAACCUGACCAAAGAACAGUUCACUGAAGUCGCACUGAUAGGUAUCUCUGUUAACUUGCUCGUCUCCAUUUGUGUCAUCUUUGCCAUGUCCUUUGUGCCAGCCAGCUUUGUUCUCUUCCUCAUUGAAGAACGUGUCAGCAAAGCCAAGCACCUUCAGUUUGUUAGUGGUGUGAAACCUGGCAUUUAUUGGCUUGCUAAUUUUGCAUGGGAUAUGUGUAAUUACGCAGUGUCAGCAACACUGGUAGUCGUUAUCUUCAUCUGCUUUCAACAAAAGUCGUAUGUAUCUGCCCCCAAUUUACCAGCACUGAUCCUCCUGCUGUUCCUUUAUGGCUGGUCCAUCACUCCCCUCAUGUAUCCAGCAUCCUUUUUGUUCAGUAUCCCCAGUUCUGCCUAUGUGGUGCUAACCUGUGUAAAUCUGUUCAUCGGUAUCAAUGGCAGCGUGGCCACGUUUGUCCUCGAGCUCUUCCGUGACAAGAAAUUGGAUGAGGUCAAUCAAAUCCUGAAAAAAGUUUUCCUUAUUUUCCCACAUUUCUGCCUGGGCCGAGGCAUGAUCGACAUGGUGAAGAAUCAAGCUAUGGCAGAUGCAUACGAGAGGAUUGGGGAGAAGAUAUUCACAUCUCCACUCUCCUGGGACCUGGUGGGAAAGAACCUGUUUGCCAUGGCUGUCCAGGGAGUCAUCUUCUUUCUAUUCACAAUCCUACUGCAGUACAAAUUCUUCUUCAAAAUGAGAUCUCUGUCUUUAAAACUUCCACCAUUGGAAACAGAAGAUGAGGAUGUAGCUAGAGAGAGGCAAAGGGUUACAUAUGGUGGAAGUGAUGGUGACAUUCUAGUCAUCAAGGAUCUCACCAAGGUUUACAGAAGGAAAAAGAAACCAGCUGUGGACCGACUAUGUGUGGGAAUUCCUCCUGGAGAGUGUUUUGGACUUCUGGGGAUCAAUGGAGCUGGGAAAACAUCCACAUUUAAGAUGCUUACAGGUGACACAGACGUCAGCAGCGGUGAAGCCUUCCUUGAUGGAUAUAGCAUUCUAUCUAACAUCCAGGAUGUGCAUCAGAACAUGGGAUACUGCCCUCAGUUUGAUGCUGUGAACAAACUGUUGACGGGUCGGGAACAUGUAGAAUUCUACUCACGGCUACGUGGCAUUCCUGAGCACGAGGUUGCUAAGGUCACUGAAUGGGCUGUGAAGAAAUUAGGACUCUCACGCUAUGCAGACAGACCUUCUGGGACGUAUAGCGGAGGCAACAAGCGGAAAUUGUCAACUGCCAUUGCACUGAUUGGAUGCCCACCAGUCAUCUUUCUGGAUGAACCUACGACGGGAAUGGAUCCCAAGGCCAGGCGCUUUCUCUGGAAUUGCAUCCUGAGUGUGAUCAGAGAAGGGAGAUCAGUGGUACUCACCUCACACAGCAUGGAGGAAUGUGAGGCACUGUGCACGAGGAUGGCCAUCAUGGUGAAUGGGCGAUUCCGCUGUCUUGGCAGUGUGCAGCACCUGAAGAGCAGGUUUGGAGACGGUUACACCAUCAUCCUGAGGAUGGACAGUACCACGCUGGAUUCAUCUAAUGUUGAGGAAUUCAUGGUGUCCACAUUCCCAGGCUGCGUGUUGAAGGAAAAGCACCACAGCAUGUUGCAACAUCAGAUACCAACGGGGUGCUGCUCCCUGGCCAAAAUCUUCAGUGCCCUCAUGACCAACAAAGAAAAACUGAAGAUUGAAGACUAUUCAGUGUCUCAAACUACAUUAGAUCAAGUAUUUGUCAAUUUUGCCAAGGACCAAAGUGAAGACUACUAUUUGAAGGACAUUUUCACACAUGGACCCCAAUACCAGGAUACAGUAAAGCGCAUCACAAAUUUUUUAGCAGACGAAAACAUGAGGGAGAGUUCAGUAUGAUCAGGGUAUAAGCAAAUCCACUUGCUAUCUGCAAUGCAAAUAACAGAUUCCAAAUGCAACAAGUUCAAGGGUGUUCCAGGACUGAACCAUCUGUCACUGGAUGAUCAACAACCGAUUCCUCAACUGCAGACCUACCUUCCCUGCCCCUAUUUCAAGUUACCAUUAAUUACCUUCUGAAAAAGAAACUUCUAUUCCUAACCUUAAAUCUUUCUGGAUUUGUAUGAACAAUGGUUGAAACGUACAAACUGUUAUAUUUAUACAGUUUCUUCAUAUCUUUUAGUUCAUUUUGAAUUUUUUUAGCUCUUGCAGCUGAAGUGUUUACAUUGCAGUUUUGUCUGGAAUUUUUUGAAACAGAAAAAAAAUGAAAAAAAAUCUCAUGUUGAUACAUUGCAGUAAACUUCCACCCCUCCACUCCUAAUGGUUUUGCCCUGCCAGAGUGAGCCAUGGUAUUUUGCUUUUUUGAUGAUAAAGGGAUGUUAUACUGCUAGAUGUGGAGGGAGAGUGAGAAAUGCAAGGAUUAAAAGCUUUUUUUUAAUGUGCACUGGAUAAGGUAUGGGCUAAUAAAAUUAAGAUAGGAUCAGAUUGCCCCAUUACACUGGAGGUAUUUGAGAUUUUCUCCAUUCCUUACCUAAACUGCUAUAAGAUGGAAUAUUGCUAUCAGUCUUAGCUACAUGAUACCCUCGAUGACCUUUGACAUCACUGUCCCAAAAUCUGGAUUUUGUUCAGUUUUGUGUGCAUCUAAUUUUCAUGUACUCAGUGUAAAUGAACAAGGGUAGUUUUCACACUGAAUAGAACGUAACCACAGUUCUCUCACCUCUGACUCUGAGAAGGCUGUAGGUUUGUGUCCCAAUUCAGGGACUUUCAGUUCACACAGGCUUGCAGUUCUUGCUGUUCGAAAAUAAAAUAUUCCAAUUUUUAAAGCAAUAAACAAAUAAAUUAUAUCUCUUAAAUUAAUAAAGCACCUUUUUGAAAAGAAAAUCACUGUUUACAGUACAUGCCUGAUAUAUAAGCACUGCCUGACCAGUGCAAUUCUGACCACCAGGCAUGUGUCUUAUACAUAUGUUUAAAAUCACUAUCUUGCACCCAUUCUAGCAUUGUUGCUGGGUGCGCAUAUUUCAUUCUGAGUCCAGAUAUUUAUUUGAUCUCUGGGAUUUACUUGCAGGAUCUAAGUUGAUUUAAUUUAAAAAUAAUUGCAGGAGUAUUUCCAGCAUGGUUUUCUGCACCUUGGAGCUUCCCGUAAUCAACGAACUGUGACGUUGUCAGGGCACAGACAGAAAGUGCCUCCUCUCUCUCAGUGAAUGAAGAUCCUUGAUACACAACUCUUGUUAACAUUUUCCUUAUCACCUAGGUGGACUGGGUUCCCACCCCUCAGUGGGCAGUGCAUUAUUAAUGAAAUAUCAAAUCAAAUCCUCACUCUGAUGUUUAAAGUCCAAUGCUGACUGCAGAGCCAUUUUCUAAAUAUAUGCAUAAAACAAAACAAUCAAAUGGAGCUGCAGUGGACAGUUAGCCAUUGGUCACAGUCAGCUGUAUAGAUUAUUCUAUCUUGCUGUCAACAUUAAUAUGGACUUUAAAGAUAAAUGGAAGUUUAGUCAGUUAUGGGAAGUUUCCUUUCUGUUACACAUCAAU